UACCCGGGCCCAUUCAUCCCUACCCCACAGUGCCGCGCGCCUCGCCCUCACCACACCUCAACUUUUAGCCGGAGCGGCUUUAUAAGUGAACCGAACGAUGCAUACGGAUACGUUUCUCUGCAGUCUGGACUGUAAACGGACAUAAAGUCUACACUACGGGGACCAAGUUCUAAAAUAGGCUAUACUCCAGCGAACAGCGCAACUGACGCAAACAUCUGCGUUCAUCUUCUACAAAGCACAAACCGCCGUCCACGGACUCAACACCUGGACACAUCUGCCAGAGCUGUCCUCUUUGUUUCGAAGAAGACACAUUUGGAGCCCUAAACUUCAGGCAUUACCAGAGUGGAGUCGCCGUGCACUGAACAGAAGUAUGAUGGCUGCAGACAACUUUUUAAGUGCAGGUUUCUGACUCAUCUUUUGGAAGCGGAGACAUUUUUUUCCUAAUGAAAUCCAGCCAGUCGUGAGCAACAAUGGAACCACAUAAUAACACAUGUCACAGGGAGCACUACAUCAAAGGCACCGAGAGCCCGCUCAUCAGUGCCAUCAUGUUUGCCUUAGGAAUCUUUGGCAACGUGGCUGCCCUGGUGAUACUGGAAAUCCGGCGACGUAGAGACGCUAGGAUGAAAGAAACAAGGCGAAGUUCGCUGUUUCACGUCCUCAUCAAAUCGCUGGUGGUCACGGACCUGGCAGGGACCUGCCUGACCAGUCCGCUGGUGCAGCUGUCAUAUUCACGCAACACUACCUUGGUAGGGAUGGCACCCGUCUCUCACAGCGUGUGUUCAUACUUUGGUGUUAGCAUAACCUUCUUCUGCCUGGCCACCAUGUCUCUUCUUUUCUCUAUGGCACUAGAGAGGUGCUUUGCCAUUGGGUACCCCUACCUGUACAGCCGGUACGUCACCAAGAAAUGUGCCUAUAUCUCAAUCCCGGUGGUGUUUGUGUUAUGUAUGUUAUUCUGUCUACUCCCUUUUGCGGGAUUUGGUAAAUAUGUACAAUACUGCCCUGGCACGUGGUGCUUCAUUGACAUGAACCCUCAGCAAUCGGAGGACCAAGUCUACGCCAACCUGUACGCCACUCUGAUGCUAGUGCUGGUGCUGUCCAUAGUAGUGUGUAACGGGUUUGUGGUGUACCAGCUGUUCAGGAUGUACCAACGGCGGAGGAGGAACGGUGGCUCGAUGAUGGCGAGCAAGAGAUCCAACAGCGAGCGCAGAGCGAUGUCCAUGGCUGAGGAGGUGGAGCAUCUCAUCCUGCUAGUCUUCAUGACCAUCAUCUUCAUCAUCUGCACAAUGCCUCUGGUGAUCCGGGUGUACAUCAACUCCAUUGAGGACCACAAGGAGUCUUACAUCGUGGACCUGAUUGCCUUGCGCUUCCUCUCCGUUAACUCCAUCAUCGACCCCUGGGUCUUUAUCCUGCUCUCCCCCAGCGUGCUGCACUUUUGCUGGGCUGCGGUUUGCCGGGCACCCCUGGAAAACUCCAGGGGUUCCAUUUUUAAAUCAUCAAUUGCCAAAGGGAAUUCUCCGGCAAACCUCGAACUGUCCCGCCCAACCUUGGUAUACACCGAGCCCUUUCACUCUGUGGAAACUCUAUGACCAUAACAGUAGUUAAUUAUUUUAUAUUUAUUGAAUUGGAAAGCAUGCACUCCUUAGUGAUCCCAUGAAAAAGAGGUUUUGUGGGCCACGACAUCCCUCAUGUGGGUAGGGUUUAUCAAUUUAUAUGAAUGUAUUUCAAUUAGAUCAUGGUCCUUUCUGUCUAACUGACAAACAUUUUAACCAGUUCUAUCAGCUGGUGGCCGCCUCUUGCCAUUUACUGGGUGUUUCCACUCACUCUUAGCAUUUCAGCUAAGUGUAUGCAUGUGGAAUGCAUCCUGACUUCUCUACAGCGUCAGGGCUCGACAUUAACGCUUUGCAAGGGCAAGUAAAGUCUGUGUUCGGGCAAGUGGAAUACCUCAUGCAGCUGUCCGACUAGGCAAGAAAAAAAAUUAAUGUAAUCUUGCGUGAGAGCUGCAGUUUAGCGAGCUAACCUGGUAGUGCAAAAAGGCCAAAUUUGAUUCAUACAGUUGUAUAACAAAUACAGUUGUUUUUUACAUUGAGAAAAUGGGUGUAAGAAGAUUUCCUUUUACAUUUUAUAAGUUUAUAGCCACAGUUGCUGGUUGAAAAAUUGACCAGCAACGACACAAGUUGAUACUUGUGUCAGUGUUCUUAUAUCAUUCCGGCUAGUCAAACGCUUUCUCAAUACUUAAUACCCAUGUUGAUCAUCUCAAUAAUUCCCGUGAUAAAAGCAAAGGUUAAAAACACUGAACACAAUAGGUGAAAACGCUAGAGGCCAAGACGCCCUUGUUCCUUCAGUAAUUGAAGGAAUCUAUUAGGCUCAACCAAGCUAUGUAAUUACUACAGGUUAAUUGUAUGUUUAAUACAUUAUAAUUAUUGUCCAAGUCCCUAUUCCUUUUUAAAUUGACUUAAAUUUUCCUUUUCACACAAGGAAGUUUAGCUACCGGGCAAGUAAAUCCCCUCAGGUAGCCGAGGAAGGUUAAUGUCAAGCCCUGACCUGUACAUUUUAAGUGUAAAAGCUCAACAUUUCGCCUCCUAUGCUGCUUAUGUUUAAUGCCAAUUAAAUUAACGAAAUGAAAAAGGCUGCUGGUGGGAGCAGGAAAAAGAAAGACUUAAUUCUGCGAUGACCUGGAAUAGACAAACUGCAAGUGCUUUUGUCUACAUUGUAUUAAGACAGAGAAGGUUGGAUGAGAAGCUUGUGCAUGGAGAUGUGACAGAAGGCAACAUACUACAGAUAGUCAUCUAUCAAGAAAGGAAGUAACCAAUGACUUGGGGUCUUGCUGUCCACGUCUUCUGAUUCAAAUGAUGCUUUCCAAACAGUUACUGGGCCACCAACAUUAACAUGUGAUAUGUGAUAUUGGGGAAAUGACUCUUUUGAACACUUCAUCUUUAGAACAUUAUCUUAUCACCUCUGGGCUUCUUGAGCCCUGACUCUAACCCCUGGUCUGCUUUGGUAACAUUUCCCCUCACACUCCUACCAAUUUCCGGAUGGAAAUAUCAAAGGGCAAGAAGCCUGGAGAGACAAGAUAGGUCUAAAAGUCUAAACUUCACUCAGGGAGUUGGUGGGAUUAAGGGAUAACACAGAAAAGGGUUAUAUUCAUGAUAUAUUUCAUUCAUAUGUACAAUAUGUAGCAUAUAUUAUAUAACAUUUUAUAAAAAAUAAAAUAGGGUUCUUCCUAUGAGACUAUAGUUACCUUUUGACUUGAAAACUUCUGCUUCUUAUAUAAUUAACAUCAGAGUGUAAAUAUUCUUGCAUAAUCUGGCUGUAAUUGUAACCCUUAUGAAAAAUGAAUAACACACUUACUUUUAUCCAUCAACUUUACAACCAAGGUGCCAUUUGAACUCCACUGGUUUUAUUAGGGAACAUCCUGAAAUGUUAUUCUUGUUCAAUGUUUGUCUUUCCAGAGGAUCACCAUUCAUAUGGGACAAAGGACGUCCACUUAAAUUGCUGCUAAUAGCCCAGGUGAAAAACAUGAUUUCAGGCUCUAAUUACAUCUAUGUUCAAAUGCCAACUAAAGCAAAGCCUAAAAAAGAAAAAAGAAAAAAGGUUUUAUUACAUGGUUCAUUACAUUAUAAUUACUAACCGACUUGUUGAAAUCACAUGACCACUGAGUUUCCUGGAAAAAAACAGGUCAUUUUGUUUAAGUUUGUACACUGGUAAAAGUUACACAUGAUGGAUUCAUACUGGUUUAAAUUACACAACACCAUGGAGAAUUAAAAGUAGUACAGCACCUCUUUCCAUUAAACUAUUCAAAUCCAAACAAGGCUGUGUCUGACAAGAAAAUAAGCUACUACAUAUUUUUGCGGGAUCUACGGUCAUAAAUCUCUCAAAAUAGAAAAACAAGUUUCAAGAAAGACUUGGUUCCUUGUGUGUGUAAAAUGUGAGAAAAAAACUACAAGUUCUCAACUAUCUAUCUGUCAUUUUAGAGGAUGCCAGAAAAUGUGUAAGCAUCAGGUAAACAUUGGGGCUGUAAGCCACUUUUGAAAGUGUUGUGUAUAUAUGUGUGUGUGCGUGUGUAAGCUGUGACGAUCUAUUGUUUGGCUUGUGUGUUGUGAGAACAGCUAUUUAUUGCCUCUGCUGGUCUGUUGUUGUUUCUGAGCUCAGCAUCAAAACAUUUCAGUAUUUAUGUCAGUGGCUUAUAGCUUCCUGUGGGGGGGGGGUGUUUGUGUGUCAGUGCUUUUUUCUGUUGUGCUUAUGUAUGUAUAUGAAUAUUUAUGCAAAUAUUCAAGUUCCCAUAAACAUACUUGUGCCCACAGGCUUACAAUAGGUGCAAGCUUGUGCGAUGUGUGUGUGUGUGUGUGUGUGUGCGCGCGCGUGUGCGUGUGUGUGAGAGAGAGAGAGAGACAGACAGCACUGAAAUGUAAUGAUGUCAAACCAGAAUGCCACCUAUCUGGAUGUAUUGUACUCUGUAAUGAGUACUCUGUAAAGUACUGUAGAUGAAACUGAAUGCACUGAGUGUGUAUGUGUAUGUUAUGACUUGUGUAAAUAAACAUCUCAUUCACAACA